AUGAAGGCUACUCAACGUCAGUUAUCUUCAUCUUUCACCAAAUUCAGCGAGCAAAUGUCAUUAGACAUGAGUGGUACGGAGAAGAAUAGAGACUUGCAAUCUAUUUUCAAGACACUGGGAGAGAAACUGUCUGACGAAGAGGCAGAAGCUGCUGUUAAACUGUCAGACCUAGACGGAGAUGGAAUGUUGGAUUUUGAUGAGUUUACUCAGUUAAUCAAAGGAGAUUAUGAAUUUACAGAGGAAGAGAAGCAGAGCAAGAUAAUGGAAGCAUUUAGGAUGCUGAUGAAGCUUGGUGAGUCAAGAACUACUGAUGAUGGCUUACUCAUGAUUAAAGCUUUUGAUUUUUAA